UCCUUUUGUAUUUUUUAGUAGUUUUUUCACUAUAUUAAUACGAUAUAUUACUAUGUCGGUGUUGUAUACUUGUAUGGCAAAGGUUUAACACUUAUUUGAAUGAAUAAAAGUUAUGCAUUUGCCAUUUAUUGUUAUUACCCUGAAAUCUUCGUCAAUUUGAAAAAUGUGUAAACAAGCCUGUAAAAAAGCAUAUAAACAUUAUACGUGCUAUAGCAAGCAUACAAUUUUGUACGACGGGUGACGUCACGGCACAAGUUCCUCCACUUCCACUUUUAACGAACUAUCGCAACACUAACACAAAUACAGUGAACUCAAAUACGCAAUUGUGAAUUAAGUGUUGUCGACAAAAACAAAUAGAAGAACAUUACACAAACAUCAAAUGAACAUUUGUGUACAUUUUUAUUUCAAUAGUGGUUUUUGAUAUUUUUGGCAAUUUGACAAAUUGAAUACGUGUCCGUGUUGUAUAACGAAUUUUAAACUAUGGAAUCGGUAACUGCCAGAGUUAACGAUGAGAGACGAAAAAUGGUAUAUGUUGGUGAUUUACCUAAAGACUUUUUACGCCUUGACGUGGUUUCUGUAGAUGAUUCUACUAACAGAUUACAACAAGAGGCUGCGGACCAACAAGCUGCUAUGGCUCUACAACAAGCAUUAUCUUGUGUGCAAGGAGACCGUGAUAGAAAUAGAUUAAAUAUUACAAUUGUACAAGCACGCCUAGUAAAAAACUAUGGUUUAACCAGAAUGGAUCCAUAUGUACGUCUUAGAAUUGGACAUUGUGUAUAUGAAACACAAACAGAUCCUAAUGGUGGUAAAACUCCUAAAUGGCAUAAAACUGUUCAAACACUUCCACAAGAAGGUGUUAAUCAAAUUAAUGUAGAAAUAUUUGAUGAAUGUUCUUUCAAAAUGGAUGAACUUAUUGCUUGGACAACAAUACCAAUACCCAAUCAAAUUUAUAAAGGGGUUACGAUUGAACAGUGGUAUAAUCUUACCGGUAAACAAGGGCCAAAUAACGAAGGAACUAUUAAUAUAAUUAUAAGUUUUGGAACUCCUCCUAGUUUGGGCUUAACAAGUUCAGUUAUGAUGUUACCACAAAUGCCAAAAUUCAAUAAUUCAAGUGCCAGUUUAACUCCUAUUUAUAUUCAACCUUCAGCACCACAAGUACCAACUCUUAGUGCAGAAGACUUAAAACAAAUUCAAGACAUGUUCCCAAAUAUGGAUAAAGAAACAGUGAAAACUGUUUUUGAAGCCAACAACGGUAACAAAGAUCUUACUGUUAAUUCUUUACUUCAAUUGGUUGAUUAAAUGUUUGUUAAACAAUUAAGAUUUUACAUAAUAAUAUAUGAGUGCCAAGUCAGCAAUUUGGCAGCAUUAUUAAAAGGUACCAGAUACAUACCUAUAAUGAGUACUAAACCUAAUAUUACUUUUCACUUGCUUUAAUUAAUAAAUCAAAUGAAAAUCAGUCGACAUAUAUAAUUGGAUUAUAUUACUAAAAAAAUUUAAUGUGUCUAGUCCCUACACUAAUAGUAUAUAUAUCAACUGAAAUUCCAUCAACAUAUACAACACAUUAGUUAUUAAUUUUAUAGUAGUUUAUACAUAUAUAUAUAUAUUAGUAGAUUAUUUUACAAAUAUUUAUAAAUAAUACUAAUAUUUUAUCAUUUUAUUUUGUGCUGUUAUUGUUAUUUUAAUGUUAAUUAUAUUAUGUACAUGUUAAUCUUUUUCAAAAAAACACAUUCAAUUUAUUAUGACUUAUGCAUUCCUAUUUGUAAAUCAAAAUAUUUGUGUAUUCGACAUUAUAAUAUAAAUUUGAUAAUUUGAUUGUUUCAUCGUUUUUUUCUAGAAUAUAAUAUACGAUAAAUUUAUAUUAAUUAUACAAAUAUUUACAAGAUUAUUACUUACCCAAACCAAUUUUUGUAAAAUUCAAAAAUAAAUAUUAUUAUAAUUUUUUUAAUUGCAAAUUAUCACGUUUUGUAUUUUUGAAUAUAAAGAUAGAAUAAAUUUAAAAAGAAAGGUUAUUUUAUUCUUAAUAUUUGGAAAUGAGAUAUUUUUAACAUAAUCUAUGUAUUUGAAUUUUUAGUUAUUCAGUGUACUAUAUAAGUAUAAAUAAUACCUAAAAAUAUUUCCAAUGUUUCGUAUCAAUUAUAUAUGAACUGUAUCUUUUAAAUAAACCAUAAAAACAAAGAUUUAGAAAACUACCAAUAAUAUUUUUGGAGAUAAAUGGAAUUUUAAAUGCUAUUAUAAGUGUAAAUAUUUUUAAAAUAUUAAUAUGUAAACAAUUUAUUUAAUAAAAGUGUCAGUGAUGAUUUAUGUUAAUUAGUCAAAAGUAUUAAGUAAAGAAAACAUACAUCCAAACCGAAUUAAUAUAUAAAAUAAAUGUCCAUUUUUUCAUAUAAUCAAAAUAUUUUAAUACUCAUAAUUUUGUUCAUUUUUUUUUUUUUAAUUAGUGCAACAUUUUUUCAAAUUAAUUUUCUUGCUUUUUACAUAUUAAUUAUUAUUAUUAAUAUUUUGCACCAAUAAUGUACUAAUAAAAAUAUGCUUUGCAAUAUUUUUUAUAGAAAAAUAAUUUCUAUAUUUUUCUGCAAUAUAUAUGAAUGUAAAUUGUAUUUUACUUAAAAUAUAACUGUUAUUUGAAUAU